AUGGCUUAUACCAGCCGCCUCGCCCACCUUUGCCGGCGCCCACACCCUACACUCACCCCAGGCCUCCUAGGGCUGCACACCAGCACAACAACAUACCCCUGCAGCAGCAUGUCACUCCAUUGCACCAGCAGCAGCAUGCCGCCUCACUGCUUCACCAGCAGCAGCAUGUCAGCUCGCUGCACCAACAACAGCAGCAGCAUGUCACCUCACUGCUUCACCAGCAGCAUGUCAUUCCACUGCAUCAGCCGCAACACAUGCACAUUGUGCACCAGCAGCAACUCCAGCUACAACAGCAGCUCCAACAGCAGCAAUUGCAACAACAGCAAUUGCAACAACAGCAAUUGCAACAACAGCAAUUGCAACAACAGCAAUUGCAACAGCAGCAGUUGCAACAACAGCAAUUCCCCUCCUGGUCUGGACUCGCCGGUCUACUACACGGUGGCGCCCCAACACAUCUCGCGCUACCCUCCCUUCCAGCCCUCGCAGCAGUACAGGCCGCCCCCCAACCCUCGCGUGGGGGCUGCUGGCCUCCCGCCUUCCAUGGCUGGCCCUGAUGACCUCCCCAUCCUGCGCACCACCCACCCUCGUUCCCCACUUGGGGGCCCAGGCAGCCUCUCCUGCCCCACGAGUCUGAGCGAGCAGGGCGCUGCGCCCCCUGUGUGGACGCCGCGCGUUGCCCACCCCACCCCCGCCAUGCCCCCCAUCCCUGACCCUCCCCGUGUAGAUCACCAUCCUCAGUCGGAGGAGCAUGAGCUGAAAACUCGGUCCCUCCCCACACGUUGUUCCCACAAACCCCCCAGACCAGGGGGAACAGGGGGCGAGAAAGGGGCAGGUGGUGGCCGAGUGUGUGAAGAGGACGGAUUCUAUUACUCCCCAACUGUAGAGGAAGACGGCGUUGAGGAGAACCUUUUCGGGUCCUCGGAGGACUUAUCGUCAGGCAGCAGCAUCCUGGAGAAGCUGAUGGUGUGGGCGUACUACAGCGACCCUGAGGAGGAGACCAGCGAGGCAGUCGAAACUAUUCAGAAUUUGGUGAUGUGCUCCACCUGCGAGGUGCAGGCGACCACCUCACCCGCCACCUGCGAGGUGCAGGCGACCACCUCACCCGCCACCUGCGAGGUGCAGGCGACCACCUCACCCGCCACCUGCGAGGUGCAGGCGACCACCUCACCCGCCACCUGCGAGGUGCAGGCGACCACCUCGCCGCUAGUCAUCAGUGACGAGGAAGCUCAGUGCUGCUCCAGAGUUCGUGGCGGGAGGGCCAACCUGCUCGUGGCUCAAACACAACCUGCUCGUGGCUCAAACCCAACCUGCUCGUGGCUCAAACAACCUGCUCGUAACUCUACCCCAACCUGCUCGUGGCCCAUCCUCAACCUGCUCGUGUCUGAAACAUGA